GAAGAAUUAUUAAGCGUUUAAUUUUAAUCAAAUUCAAAAUGUCGUCCAUUGCUUUCGUGUUUCUUUGCAUUCAAAUCUGUUUGGUACAGAAUGCCUUCAGCCAAUGCUUAGGCGCUGGACCACUUGGACCUGGUUACGGUUAUGGACCUGGCAUUGCUCCAGCAGUUGCAGCUGGCUUAGCUGGUCCUUAUGGCUUGGGAGCUGGUUCACCAUUCGGCUUAGCCCCUACCGCUCUUGAAUUGGGUGCUCCCGGACCAUAUGGCUUCGCCCCCGCCGCUAUUGAAAUAGCUGCUGGAUAUGGUGGCACUGGUAUCGGUGAUGUGGCCGUCGCUGGUGAAAUGCCAGUCGCCGGUACCACAGUUGUUGCUGGACAGGUUCCAAUUCUCGGCGCUGUGCGUUUCGCUGGUGAAUUGCCAGCCGCUGGCACCGUCUCCAUCGCUGGUAGCUGUGGUUGUGGCUGCGGUAGUCCUUACUAUUAUUGAAAUUAAUAUAAGUUAAUAAAUAAGUGUUUGCUUGAAUAAAAUAAUUACCAGUUAUU